CAAACGGAAUAAUGGGAAGAUGGUGAAAUGACGACCAGUUCUAAAAAAUGCUGGGUGUUUGGCAUUUUUUAGGCCUAUUCACUUUGGCCUCGGGUUGGCGAGAGAAUUCUACAUAUAAAAGUUCGGACGUUUAUGACUAUUAUGGAAUUUCGCCAACGGUCACCGAUGGUGGAAACUGGUAAGUUGAAAAAGACGAAAAUCUACAUCGAAGAUUAAAGGAUCUUCGAAAUCGAAUAAGGAUAUAAAAGAUCGUAAAUAAUUCGAUAUAUUUGGUGUUUUUAACUCCCAUCGCCUAUCGCAAGACUUUUACGAUUCUGUGGGGCGUUAAAUCCUUAAAAACGGUGUCGUCUUAUCACUUUUUAAACUCGUGAGGAUAGCUUAAAACUGUUAGCUUCCUUUUACUGUAACUUAUAAUUUAUUAACACGUUCGAGAGAUAAAUAGCUACAGCCAAUAUCGAAUCAAACGACAAACUGAUCAACUCAGAGUGUAAAUGACAACUUCUGGAUUGCACAGUAAUUGAAAAAAUCUCGAGUAACGUUCCAGCUUAAUGUCCUGUAUUAAUUCGUCUAUUCAUUUCGUCAAAAGGGAAGAGGUAGAUAACUUUAAGGGGAACAAUUCGAUUUUUUUCUUUGCGAGAAUAACGAAUACAUUAGCCACAGAAUCAAUAAAGAAACUAGCAAAAAAAUAGAUCCGCCGAACAAAUAAGUAUAAAAAGCACCGUCGGCGGGCUACCCCCUUCCUUACUUAUCACGGUUAUUAAUUAUCAUAAGGAUCAAUAUUUCGGCCAACAAGUUGCAAAAGUUGUCUUCCACUUCCGAAUUGAACCGCCAGACGAAAAGCAAAAGCCGAUUAUUAGAGGAAAAUUCCCGGGGCGAUAGAAAUUCGCCUCACGCACAAGCCGCCAUAUUUUCGCGUCUAUUUAACUUUCGGACGCCUUUUAAGACGGUUCUGCAAUAAUGAGCACGCAUGAAUCGAAUAAUUUGAAGAAGGUGACGACAAGAAUUUAGCAUUUUUGUAUUAGAGGAGGGUUGGUACCGAUCGAUUUAUCGGUAAGGGUAGAAAAGCUUUUGAAAAUGACAGGUGGUGCAGGAAAUGAAAGUGCGUUAAGUGGCCGUUCGUUAAUUGGCGUAGGACGGAACGCGCCUAGCAUCUUUUCCUAUAGUCUAAAUUCAUAUUAUUUACUUUCUAAGUCUUUUAUUUGGUAAACAUGCUAAUUCAUUCCUUAUAAAUUUAUACUGUAUAUUACUUUUUAUUUUCCCCUGCUGAAUGAAAACAGCUGCGAUGAGGAGAAAAAGAAAAACCCUGUUUUAUCUACGGAACCAUGUACUUUCGAAGGUAAAUUAAAAAGGCCAGUUAACUGGUUUGGCUAUAUAGCCGAAUUCGAUAUGGCACCUCAUAGUGGGAUUUUACAAUAUCAAAUAUCAUAUGCAAAGAAGGAUUGCUGUAUAAAAUUACUUCUUUAUUUACAUGAUGACGUAGACAAGAUGAGAGCUCACAUGAACUGUUUACAAAAACUGGGAGUUCUCGACCCUCGAAGCAACCAGGUUAUAACCUUGUCACCAACCACUGAAUCUUCCGGCUGUACCAGCAAUGAAACUGUGAGAAAUGGAAGAGAGAUGAUCGAUUGUAAGAGCGGAAGGAAACUGUCGUCGGCUCUGACUUUGCGCUGGUCGAUUGCUGUAAGUAGCUGUGGUUUGCCUAAGGGACUAGAUAUCUCAUAUAGGAUUAUAAUUCAUGGAUACGUCGGAACUUGUCCGACGAACGUUAACCACGCCUCAAAAAUCGACAAAUUUACGGUUUCGAUAAUGGUUUGGACUGUGAUAUUCACUUUCUUGAUGCGCCUGAACUAAAUGCUAUUUUAUUCCUUCUCAAUCUUCUUCCAAGAUGUUAUUUCUUUCUCCUUUUUCACUAUUGGCGUUAUCUCCUACUUUACUACUUUACUCAUUUUGUUCUUAACGGGUAACGCAGACAAUAUGACCUGAGAAUAAAGUCUUUAAAAAGCGGAUAUUCUACUUUCUCUCUUCAGCGACCUCUACUUCGCCUAAUUACUUCUUUGGAAGCGCUACUUUUGUUAUUUUUACCGAAUUGGCGCCCUAAGAAAGGAGAGGAAGAGAGGGAAACGAGUUAUCUAUUAAAAAAUAAGCGUUUUUCAGGCGUUGUCUAUUUUUUAUCAAAUAAAAAAAACAUUACUUUGGAUGUGUUGAAGGGUAUGAGAGAGAGAUUGAGUGAAGGGGAAAAAGGGAGGAGAAAAUGGAUGAAAGAGUGUUGUUGGGAGAGCAUUAAGAGUUAGUAAGCAUGUUAAGUUAUAGGAAGAGAAAAGAAAGAGAUAUAAUACAAAGGAAAGAGGGCGAGAGUUAGAAAGAUUGACGAGAGAGAAAGACAGGAAAAGUAUAGAAAUAUUAAAAGUAUAUGUGCGAGAGAAUGAAAGAAAGAAAUACAAUUGGAAUACAACACAAACCCUCUCUAACUUUCAAUGACAAAACGUCAAUAUGUAAAUAUUUAUCCACAAUAUACGAACUAACUAAGAGCAAACCGUUUAAUGCUUAAUAAAUAUACAUUCAUCGAAGUAAAAACAAUUAAAUCGACAUACGUCGAUUCUAUAUUAUUUAUUAGAUAGACCAUUAUAUAACCAUCCACCAGAAAAUAUUGAAACGAAUCGCCAUUGUUAGCUUCUGGUGUAAUAAUGCAAAUUAUAAACUGUAAACUUUACAAUUUGUUCUGUAGAGCACUUGUUAUAAAUCCAUUCAAUAGAAGAGUGAAGGUGAGGGCGGGGUCAAUAAAACUAUUUGAUUGAGUAGAUUCCCGUUUGCUAAAUAGAAAAGAUAUCAAACGAUACAUUGGACGGGUCGGCUGCCAAGAAACUUCGCUCAUUAUGAUCGUUAUCUAGAGCAUUGCAGUAGACCGCGUAACGCCGUUUUCGUUUCAGCAAUUUCAUUUCGACAGUGGAUGAGCCCAGUUGUAUAUUUCGUACGCAGUCAAUUACACAGAUAUAUUUGGAUUAAUCGCCUCCUGUAUAAACGAAAAAUGAUCUCCAUUGGGGAAUCCUAAGAUAAGCGGUCUAAAUAUUUGAUUAAGACCGACUAACAUAAAAAUAAAUUUAUGCAUGUAUUUCACAUCUCAUUUAAUAAGUUUUUCGCCGAAAAUACUCUUUUCAAUAUGGUAAUUAGACAAUGAAAAAGGAUGUACUCAUUGGGCUUGAGUUUAAUCGUUCCCCAGACUACGUAGAUUAUCCAUUACGUGUGUAUAAAUACAAUUUGGUAGAGAAGCAUGUGGAGUGCGUAGCCUUAUAAAAAAUAAUCAAUUUGUCCCACAAUAUAGCAUUUGCAAACCCAUCAAUAGCCAGCCAAAUGAAAAGUUUGCUCUAGUUACUCCAUUUUACGAGUAUUUACGACCAUUCCAUCAAAGGCCGGGUUCGUGACCGCUUGAAACUUCUCCAUAAUACCAUACUUUCUUUCAUCUAUCUUUACAGCUGAAAAAAAAGACUUUUUACAAAUCGAUAAAUACAGUAAAUAUUUGAUAUGAAUAUUUGCUGGUUGAUCGCUCGAGUAUCGCAUUGCAGUCCCUUAAAAUAAGAGCAUACACGGAAAUGACUAUUGUAAAGGAGAAAUAGUUGAAAAUAAGUUUAAAAUGAAAGGGCUGAAGCUAAAGGAACGUGACGCCCCGAAUAAUCGACGAUUUAACGCAAUAAUUAAUUUCUUCCUCUCCAACAUUUAUUACAUCCGUCUACAAUUUUUUAGUUAGACGCCUACAUUUCGUGCCACAAUAAAAGCGUGUCGAUUUCGAUUAGAAACACCUCCCAAAAAAUUGCUUACGCUACUGGAUUACCACCAGGGUUGAAGUUGAAAGGAAAGAGAAAGACUACGAUCGAAAGAAAAAGAAAAAAAUUCAGCUUCUGGAAGAAAUUUUCUCAUACUGACCUUUUAACGAUUUUCAAUGAAAGAUACGCGCCUGAGAAAUCGGCCAAUCUUUAGUCCGUGCGGAAUUCGAAAUCGAUUGAGGCUAUUUAAUUUGGGUAGAAAUUUGAACUGCCGCUCUUAUUUAACUCCUCUACCGUCUGUCUUUAAUAUUUUGCCAUCUCUCAUACCUUACAAUAAGGGCUUAAAAGGUUUGCGGUUGCUAUAUUUAAAUCCUACACCCAUUUGUAUUUGUCUGUUAAGUGCGUAUCAAUUCCAAAGCAUAAAAAGACUUUCAUAAAUUGAGUAAAUGAAUGAAAUCAUUGUUCUUAUAUGCCUAAGAGUAUUCGUGCAAUAAAUGAUUGAUGAGCUUCACUGAUCAAUUUCAUCUUUUCGCUUACUGCGUCGUUUUUCCCCGAGAUCGAAACAACAAGCUUUUUUUCAGUGAUAGUGUGCGACAAUCUUUUAUCGAUUAAUCAGCUUUGAACCACGAAAAGUAAAUUGUCAAUAUAUAUGCAUAAAUAACGUUGCAGUACUUUAUUGAAGCAAGAGUAGCUCUUGCAUUUUCUCCCACUAAUUAACCCAAUUUCUAAACGAACCCACUUGGUAUAUAGGCCUUUAUAUAAUCGAAACAAUGAUAGCUUUACAAUAAAAGUGAAAUCUUUGACAAGAAAACUAGAAAGAGGAGAAGAGAAAAAAAUGAACGAAUGAUUAGGAAAAAAGUUUUCAUUUCAGUUCUAACACCAACAGCGAAGAGUCUUCCUCAAGUUUUACUAUCUCCUUGUUAUAAGUGAUUAAUCAAUAUUAAAUGUCUUAUGUAGAAGUGUUCUAUCUCUCAUAAUUGACAAGAACGAAAAUCUACGUAUCAUUAAAUAGUGUAUGCACCUGCUCAUGUUUUUUAUGAUUUUGAUAAAAUUCGAUGGCUUUUUCCAAGAUUCUAGAUGGCAUUAGUGAGUAAUAAACUGGGUUAUAGGAAGCCCAAUAAGAACAGCCACUACAUUGACUAAAGUAGGGAAAUGAGGGGAUAUCGUAAAGUUACAAAAAGAUUGAAUGGAAUUAGUGCAUUUGCCAUAUAAACACAAUUUGAGGAAGAGAAUAGCCUCUUGAUUUUCUCUUUUAUAUUCUGCUAUGUUCUUUUUGUAUUUGAGAACAAUUGACUUCGAAAGGACUUUUCUUUCGAUUUCUUGUCUAAAAAACCCAUUUUUUCUUUUUCAUUCUCCCAGUUUCGUAUUUAUCUUAUGUUUUUGUAUUUUAUUAAUAUUUGAUUUAUUUUCCGUAUGCUCUGUGAACAAAUAUAGUAUAAAAACCAAUUGGAAUAUCUGAUUACCUUCUUCGGUAGUUGGCGCUUAUUACCUACUUUCUCAAGCGACAUCUUACGGAUUCUCUCGUAAUUGAAAAGAAAAUUUGUACAUCUUUGUACGAAAAGUCUAUUUUCGCCACUCUCCGAGAGAUAAAUAGGAAAUCGUUAAGGAACAUUGAUUUAUGAGGAAGCAUUCGAUAGAAUAAUUGUUUGAUGAAUUAAGUAAAUAAAUAAGAUUCCAUAGAUGUUAUUAAUUUACUUUACUUAUUUAUAGUUUUUUUAUUUCAAUUUGCCAUUUUGCAUCUGAGCAUUCCGAAGGUCCACCGGUUACGGUGGCUAUGUAAAGAACGUUACUGCAGGUUUCAGUAUCUCGAUUAAAGCACACAAAACUGGGUCUUCCCAAUACCCUUAGAGCACCUUUUGCCUUAAAAUUAGAUUGAAAAAGUAAUAUUUUCCAUUGUUUAAAGCAGGCAACAGCAAACUCAUUUCCUGGUAAAAUACACAAACCUAUCGGAUUUGUAUGCUGAGCUAAGCUGACCUCCGUUAGAACCGACUUAUCAUUUUUGUCCAUUAUUAAUAUAUUUUCAUCAAUGCAAUAUUGUAGUGAUGCAUAUAAAUUCUUCGUUCCGACACUCAUAGACAGGACCUUACCUAACCGCGUUAUCUCCCAAUUAUCUUUCGAUUCGCUAAAGGAUAAAUAUUGAACAAUACUUGUCUCGUUCUUACAUUCAUCGAUUGCAAAAUAAACACCUGUUUCAUCAACAGAUAAUGCUGAGAUCAGUCCCAAUUUUGUAUUAAAGAAUGAGUUCUUAGUACCAUCUUCCGAAUUUCUAUAUAUAUUUUCCUUAUCACAAGUGAAAAUUUCAUCUUUUUCAUCUAUUGCAAAACCAGUUAAACUAAUGAAUCCAUUCAUUGAAAUUAUCGUCUCAAUUAACUCCCCCAAUAAGGUAAAUUUCUUUAAUUCGGUGCGGAUAGACUCCUUUCCUUCACCUUUGCAGCUCAUCAAAAUAAACAAAUUUUUCUUGCUCAUUUUCAUGUCGAUAAUAUGGGAGCAGUCCAACUCAAAUCCAUCUUUUGCCUUAAUGGAUGUCAUAGUAGCAAUAUAAAUGCAAUAUUCAAACAAAAUUAACAAGCACUCUAAGAUUAUCGUAAGAAACUGUAAAGCUCUGUAAAAAUACUGUAAAAUAAUAUCUAAUACAUGCAAGAGUUUUGGCCUUCUGACUAAAAUAAAUCAGACAAUAUUGAUUGACUGUUACCAUGGCCUGUUGCCAAGAUAUACUUUGGUCUAGUGUUGGAUUGCAAUUUAUUUAUGUCAUUUUUCUGCUAUUUUUACGAGCCAUUUAUCAUAUAGUAAAUUUUUUUGAUCAAAAAUAAAUCAAAAGAAUACUAUUCUCUUCAUUUAAAGUAUCUCCUUCUCUUCCUUCGCUAAUCCUCCCAUCUCUUUUGCCG